GCAAACGCGUACAUGGAAACCGAUAGUAAUCGCAAUAAUGGCGUACACUUGAAAAACUUGCAAGCUAAUUUGUCAGUGUUCGUCAGUGAUUAUCAGAAUGACCGAUUCGAAUGAUGUAUUUGGCUUCGAACUCUUUCAAAAACUCUACCAUGAUGAUAUUCAUAAAAAAGAAGACGUAAUAAUUCUAUUUGUACAUUGGUAUUUGACCAAAUCUGGAUUUAGAUGCAUCGGCAUCGGAGAUGAUGUAGCGUUUGAUGCAUCAGAAAAAGGAUCUGAAUUGCUUCCAAUAGAAUGGAGUUUACAUCCCAAUUAUACAUUACGUUAUAUAAGAGAGGGAAAAUUAUAUGUACUUUUUGGAAUCAAAUCAGAUAUAGAUCUUCUAUUGAACCUGAUGAGGCACUAUGAUAAUACUGUUUUUAAUAUUCAAUUCCCUAUCGAGGGAACAGUGUCUGCAUUACAAGGAUCUUUAGAAACUGUAAUACCAUGCUAUCAAACAAUAUUGCAUACCAUACGAAAAGAUUUUGUAAAUUCGACGUGCAUUAUGAUGAAUGAAGCAGCUACUCAAACCACACCAAACGAUGAAUGUUCUUCAGAAAGGAAUCAAGUGCCAGUUCAUUCCGAUCGAUUGAGGGUCUCAGAACCUUGUUGUCGGCCAUUUAAUUGUUUCCCUCCGAGAGUAGGAGUCGGAGAUCUCGAUCCAUUUGGAGAAGGCGGUGGUAUGAUAUUCGAUCCAUUUGACAGACGUCGUCCAGUUGGACAUCCACCAGGUUUGGGAGUUCCUGGAAGAUUACCUCCAGGUGCGAUACCACCGGGUGCAAGAUUCGAUCCUUUCGGUCCACCCGAACUGGAUCCAUUGAGACCACAUCAUCGCAGACCCGACGACGACCAUUUACCUCCUCCAGGAUAUGACGAUAUGUUUCAGUGAUGUAUUAAAAAAAAUUAAUGUGAUAUAAAAUUAAAGGUGAAAUGUAUAAAUAGAUAGUUUCUGUGCAUACGAAUGUAAUAUCUUUCUAUAAUUAUUCUUUUUUUAUCAUCUUUUUAUCGUAUAAGAUAAAAGAUGAUAAUUCUCGAUGUAUCACAGAGAACUACGUGUACGUGAAAGAUAAGCAUGUAAUGUUUUCUUGUGGAGGAGGAAGAGGAAUAAAGUUAUACAAUUUGUGCAAUA